AUGCGUUCAACAUAUUUACUCCUCUUCCUCCCCUUGACGCUCUCGUCAGCACUGCUUCCUCGAAAGGGAGAUGAUGAUGGUCCCUCUUCAGAACCACAAGUCACUAUCUAUCCUUACAACUCACCCCUGUAUCAACAAGGCGUCACCGUCACCGGUGUUCAUGACGAUACUAACAAGGUUGACAAGUUUUAUGGAAUUCCAUAUGCCGAACCACCUGUUGGUUUCCUUCGAUGGCGUCGACCCAUUCCGUUCAACUACACUGGGGACAUCGACGCUCGUCACCCCGCUCCAUCAUGUUUACAAGCUCCCGUCAGCGCCAAUGUUGGUCCAGCAGGUACAUCCGAAGAUUGUCUUUUCCUCAAUGUUUACGCCCCAGCUGGAUGUUGGGAAAGUGAAGACCCACUUCCUGUCAUUGUUUACUUCCAUCCUGGUGCUUGGCAAUGGGGUAGUGGGACCGUGCAUGAUGGCACGAACAUGGUGUCUUACUCACAAGAGCUUAACAAACCUGUCAUCUUCGUCACGUUAAAUUACCGUCUUGGUGUCUUUGGCUGGCCCAAUGGACCCGCUUUUGAUCAUGCCCGAGCUGGUAAUCUUGGUAUGAGAGACGCUAUUCGAGCACUCGAAUGGGUCCAAGAAAAUAUCUGGGCUUUCGGUGGUGAUCGUCACAGAGUCACUCUACAUGGCCAUUCUGCAGGUUCAGUCUUGAUUUCUCACCUCUACUUUGAUACCGAACAGAGUCUCUUCAAUUCAGCUAUUAUGAGCUCUGGUGCCCCUUCUACCGCACCUUUGGGUCUUACCGAUAAGACUUGGCUUGAACCUUACGAACAAUUGCUCAACAUCACAAACUGCUCCUCUCCCAGUGGUGCCGAGAUCAACUGUCUUCGAAACGUUCCUGCUCAAGAAGUCCUUCAAGCUCAGCUCACCAUUGUAUCUAGCUCUAACUACACCAGCUCCUUCAUCUAUGGUCCUAGUGUUGAUUCCGACCUGAUCCCCGAUCAGCCUUGGAAACUUCUUGAAAAGGGCAUCAUUGCUCCUAUUCCUUUCAUCACUGGUCAAACUAAGGACGAAGGUACGGGCGCGACUCCCCUUAACAUCACCGAAGCCACUUUCUUCGACUAUUUCAACAGACUUGAACCCGUACCCCUGCCCGCUAAUUUCACGAAAAAUAUCACCCAAUGGUAUCCUGCAGUACCUGCCAGGGGAGCGCCGUUCAACACUGGUAACGCCACUUUUGGACUUGAUCCUGCCUACAAACAAUAUGCUGCAUUAUUCACCGACGUCUUGCACACCGCGCCACGACGACACUUGCUUCGUCAAGCGAAUGAGUAUUUCUACAACAGAACCUGGACGUACACUUUCGAUCACGUAAGGGGUAACGCUUCCACCGACAGAUUAGGCGCCGUUCAUCUUUCUGAUCUCCCAUACGUUUUCGGAAUUAACACUAAUUGGACUCAGCCUGAACAAGAGCUGUCACAUUUGAUUCAAGGCUACUGGCUCAACUUUACAUACUACGGUAACCCUAACGGAGUCAAUGCAUCCAACCCUUUCAUCUAUCCUGACCCAUACUACCACAAUACAACUACCCCAACUCCACCGGACGCAUCUGUCAAUUCAACCUACUGGACGGAGCACGACCUUCUUAGAGGGAGAAAAGAUAUUCUCAGAUUCGUCGCCGGUAAUCCCACUCUUAUCCAAGACAACUUCAGAGAAGGUUCCAUCAACUUCUUGAACGGUCAUCCUGUUGAGUUGGGAUACUAA